AUGACUCCAUCGUAUGCACCCGCUAUAGAGGGGUUCCCAGACAAUCUCCUAAGGUCGGAUAUUAUCGACUUAUACUCCCUCGUUCCAUACACCGAGGAUUGUCAAUCCCGCGCAGAGGCACGGAGAUGUUUUAGCCUGUCUGAGUCGCUUUGCCAGGUGACUUGGACCGAUGUCGACUCUGGGGACCUAGUGACCGAGAGAACACUGAGCUCACUUGCCGAACUCCGGGGAUAUAGGAGUCUUCAUAGCACUCAGAGAGGAGGAAGGGCGCUGAGGUUUCUAUCUAUCAACCAGCGCAACUCUUGGAGGCCGCUGAAUGUCACUCGCAUGAUGUUUGAUGAGAUUGUUGAUAUCGUUGGCGCGUCGUCAAACUUAUUCGAACUGCCAUUGUCCUUUUUCCAAAAGACGAUUGCAGUAGAAGAGGGCUUCACCAGCGCCCCAGUGCUUAGGCUCAGCGCCGAAUCAAUCGAAAUCAUCUACAUUAUCAAGUAUGCUUUUGAUAAAUCACCCGUCGAUAAGGGGAGAGAUCCUUGGGUACUACGACAAACAGGCGUAUAUCACAAAUAUGAAUUCGCGACGAAAAACAGUACCUGGCUCUUCUUAAAUCCAACCACAGAGUGCAAAUUUCAAGACCGUCUCAAGCGCUGUCUUUUAUCACCAGCCGAGCGGUCGACGCUGCAGCGCAAUCCCCUCCUCAUCCACAGCAUGCUCUUUGGUACCUUCUUUCCUGCUUGGAGAGAGUACCUAAGGCACCUAGAAGGCCGCAUGCUUCCAAUUGCCAAUAUCACGGUGACAGCCGAAAUUGACAAACCAUUGCGUGUCAACCACGAAUCGCUAACUGCAGUUCGCAAUACUGAGAACCGAUGUUUAGCCAUGCAGCCGAUCUUCCGGUCGCUUGACAAGACCUUUGAUGUCUUGCACCAGGCCAAUGCAGCUCUGGGUGAAUGCGGGGAGAUCGAGAAACACGACUUGCAGAUGAUGAAACAGUUGCUCAACAACUAUUCCGCCACAGUAAACUCGUACGGCCAGGCGGCGUGGUCACUGCAGAGCCGCACCUCAAGGAUUGCGGCGCAUAUUACAGACACGCUAUCGUUCAAGGAUGCAUACAUCUCAAAACGGCAGACCGAGUUCAUGUUGCGCGACUCCACCACGGUCCGAGUCAUAACUGUUGUUACGCUCGUAUAUCUCCCGGCAACCUUUAUGGCAACCCUCCUUGGAAUGAAUUCAUUCUUUGAGAUGGACGAAAGUCGUCAUAUUGUUGUAUCCCCGCAGUUCUGGAUCUACAUCGUUUGCUCGGUGCCUCUCACAGCGGCAACUCUUUGCUACUGGUGGUACUUCCAAAAGGCCAAGCAGCGUACUGAGCGAUCAACAACGGAAGCAAUGAUGGUUUGA